AAACAAGGAGCUGUAAAAUUCUCCAUAUUCGCUUUCACUGCUUCUCUUUGGACAUUUGUCACAUUCACCGCACUCGUCUCCCAACUCAUCUAAAUACCCAAAUUUAACCAUCUCUCUCUCAUCUUCUUCAUCUUCUUCUUCGCUGAAUUUAACCACCUCAGCCACCGCCUCCAUCUUCAUCCCUUUCUCUUAAAGCCUCCGUCUUUAUCAUUCCCACCCAAUUCGAUUUUCUGGGUUUCUCUCAGAUCGAGCGAUUUGAAUCACAAAGAUAAAAAUCAAAUUCAAAUUAAAAGACCUAGACAAAUCAUGGACGGUGAUUCCUGGAGCUCUCGUCUUUCCAGCGCCUCUAAGCGUUACCAAUCCGCUCUUCAAUCUCGAUCUGAUAUGUACAUGGGGUUUGAAGAGAUUGACGGGGAUGAUGAUAUAAGGGAGGAAUUCCCAUGCCCAUUUUGCUCAGAAUACUAUGAUAUUGUCGGAUUGUGCUGCCAUAUAGAUGAAGAGCACCCGGUGGAGGCAAAGAAUGGGGUCUGCCCAGUUUGUUCAUUGAGGGUGGGCAUUGAUAUGGUUGCUCACAUUACCUUACAACAUGGAAAUAUAUUCAAGAUAUCCUUCCCUUUUCGCAAGAGGAAAACACGGAAAGGUGGAGCUCAUUUAACACUAUCAUUGUUGAGGAAAGAGCUGCGGGAAGGAAACUUGCAGUCUCUUUUUGGGGGCUCUUCCUGUUUACUUAACAAUGUGGCAGCUGAUCCAUUGUUGUCAUCAUUUAUUUUACCCAUUGCUGAUGAUUUUGUCAGUGUUCAGCCUCAGUUUUCAACUGAAACAAGCUUUUCAACCGAAACAAGCUUACCCAAGAAAAGCACAGAGAAAGUAUUAGAACGAAAAGUGCAGUCGCCUCCUUUGUCUGUCAAGGAUAAGGAAGAGAAAGCAAAAAGAUGUGAGUUUGUUCAAGGGAUGUUGUUGUCAACCAUCCUUGAUGACGGGUUAUGAAGUUUCUUGUGGAGGCCGCCAGGAGUGGAGUUUCACAACCAAGAGCCUUCUGUUCGUUGUUUGUUGCAGAGUAUGCCAAUGUAUGAAACACAGAGUCUGUCGAAUAAGCUGUAGGAGUUCAGUGUUGAGUGUAAUUAUGUGGCAUGUUCGCUUUAGUUUUAUAGGCCUGAACAAAACUUGAUACCCUCUGUUGUUUUCAGGUCGUUAUUAAGUUUAAAGGAAAAAAAGAGAAGAAAGUAAUUUAUCUUUUCA